AUGGCACCUUUCUUCCUACGGAAUCUGAUACCCCGCAGAGAGCAGAAACAGCAAACAAAUCUGCUCACUGUUAUUGGUGACUUGACUUGGGUUCAAUGGGCUCAGUUCUUCGUUGGAUGGCUGGCAUGGACUUCAACUGCCUUCGGCUUUUUCUCUGUGCCUCUCAGCAUCGAGCAGUUUGAAGUUCAGUUCAACAAAUCUACUAACCAAAUUACAACCGCAAUUACCCUCACUCUUUUAUUCCGAUCGUUAGGCGCAGUCAUAUUCGGCAUAAUUUCGGAUCGCUACGGACGGAAAUGGCCCCUAGUUUGUAAUCUCCUCUUCAUCUCUUCUCUCGAGCUUGGUGUCGGGUUCAUUCAAACAUUCAAACAAUUUCUCAUACUUCGGUCUCUCUUUGGUGUCGGAAUGGGCGGGAUCUGGGGAUUAGCAGCGUCAACCGCGCUUGAAAAUCUUCCAAUCGAAGCUCGUGGAAUGGCCAGCGGCUUUUUACAACAGGGUUACGCUUGCGGAUAUCUCUUCGCCGCUUUGGUCAGCUUACUCAUCGUUCCGGAAGUCAAGCAGGGUUGGAGAGUAUUGUUUUGGACGGCUUCCGGUUUAUCUUUUAUCACUUGUUUCCUACGCUCCCUUCUGCCCGAGAGCCAGUACGUACUACGCGCAAAGGAGGUCGAGCGUUACUUCGGAAUCGAUACAUCAAACAAGACAAGGGCCUUCAUGAGAAAUAUGAAGGAAAUGCUCAAAAGGCAUUGGGCGUUAUGCGUUUAUGCUGUUUUACUCAUGGCAGGAUUCAACUUUCUCUCUCAUGGUUCUCAGGAUUUAUAUCCGAUCUUCCUGGAGACCACAAAGGGAUUCACGGCGCGUGAUGCAACGAUUGCUACUAUAUGUGGAAGCGUGGUCAGCGGUAUAUUCGCAGGAAUUCUUAGUCAAAGGAUUGGUCGUCGCUUAACAAUGAUUCUGAUGGUCUUGCUCGCCGGAGCAUUCAUCCCUCUCUGGAUUCUGCCAAGCUCUUUUAUUAUGCUUUCAGCUGGCGCUUUCUGCAUUCAAUUUGGUAUACAGGGCGCGUGGGGUGUGAUUCCAAUUCAGCUUGCCGAGAUGUCACCACCCGCCUUCCGCGUAACCUUCUCCGGUGUCGCAUAUCAGCUUGGAAACAUAAUAUCUGCUGCCUCUGCUCAAAUAGAAACCAUCGGUGGUCAUCACUUUAAAACUACCAUCUACGAAAAUGGUCAAGAGAUCAUUGUUCCGGAUUACGCAAAGGUGCAAGGGAUAUUCAUCGGUACAGUCACCGCAUUCGUUGUAUUCAUCACUAUAAUCGGGCCCGAGUACGCCUACGCAAAAUCCUAUCCCUCCAUUCGUUUGUUUACGUUUUGA